GGGGGUAGGCAGGCAAACAGGCAAACAGACAGGCAGGCAGGCAGGCAGAUAGACAGACAGACAUACAGACGGACUGGCAGAAGCGACAGCAAGAGGAAGGAGGGAGGAGGAGGAGGAGGUGGAGGUGGUGGAUGAGGAGGGGAAAUUACAAGAGGAGGAGGACAAAUUAGAGGAGAAGGGGGAAGUGGAAUGUCAGUGACAUCAAAUCCAUUCGCCAGUCAUGCGCUCAUUCCUAAAAUCGCCGUUGGCGGGAAAAGGGAACCGGGGCGUGGCGGUCAUAUGGUGCUUGACUCGGUUGCGAUGGAGGUCAAGUCGGGGUCUGAACGAGUGGUGAACUCCCCUGGUCGAGGACAAGAGGUGAAGGCACCCGCGAUCUUCCCCAGGAGAAGUGCAAGGCUGGAUUGCUCUAGAAGUCAAGGAGACGAGAAGGCCUGUCGUACUGACGUCGGCUCUUGGGGGCCCAAGACGGAGGCGACAGAUCGGACCACCGGAGAUGUGGAGAGCAGGAGAACGUGGAAGCAGGCCGACUCUAGCACCAGCGGUGGUGGUGCUCGUGAUGGCGACGAUGAUGGGCAAGCUCGAUUCGAUGUUGACGUCAACGACAAUGGAUUGGAAAGAAGCAAGAGGCCAAGACGAGGCAUGUCUGUGCCUGCCACCCGGCUAUCAGCGCCCCAUGGUGGAGGAAGAGAGCCACUGCAGCUCUGUCAUCUGACUUCGGAAUUGGCGGAGAACCAACCCGGUCAAACUGGGAAUGAAUCGGGUCAAACCGGGAAGGAAUUGGGUCAAACUGGGAAGGAAUCAGGUCAAACUGGGAACGAAUCGGGUCAAACUGGGAACCAAUCGGGUCAAACUAGGAACAACCGACCCAAGAACGGGCCAGGAAGUGCGGCUGGAAAGGGGAAUGCGGCGUCCAUGGUGGCCGGGUUGAAUCCAGCGACAGACAGAAAGGCUCUGCGAAGUUGCCGAGGAUUAUGUGGGAGAGAGGUGGGUGUAAGAUCCGGAGAGAGUGCCCGGUUGACUGUCAGAGAAAAUCAUGGUGCAAUGCCAGAGGAGGUGGUGGGAGCAGCUGCAGCACCGGUGGCCGUCUCACAGAAUGAGUUGAAGUCAGAGUUAUCAGACAUAAGAAAAGAGGUAAGAUCAGCGAAGUCAAAGUCAAGCUUGCAAAGAGUGACUGGGGUGUCAGCAAAGUCAAGUUCACAGUCAAAGUCAAACUUGCAAAGAGCGACUGAGUUGUCAGCGAAGUCAAGGUCAAAAUUUAAGCAAACGGCAGAGCCAGAGUUAAAAGAAGGUACGGCAUUGUCGCAAUCAAAAAACGUGAAGUCAAAGUCAAAGUCAGAGUCCGACUAUGACUGUGACUUUGGAAAGAAAGCCAUUGGCUUGAAAGCCCCCAAGCGGAAUGUGAACAAGCAGUGGCAUUGUCCUUCAAAUGAGCGCAGUAGUAGCAUGGCUGAGUCAUCUGCCACGCCGUCAACAAUAAGGAUAACACCAUCGUCAUCUGUAUAUUCUGGACUGGUGCUGAAUUGCCUGAGUAGCAGCUCGAUUCUUCCUCCAGAGUUCUAUGAGGUAGAUUCACUGGAAUUGGCUCCGAAACUUCUUGGUAAGCUCCUUAGAAGAGAUGAAGUUGUUCUACGCAUCACAGAGGUGGAGGCCUACAGGCCAGGAGACACUGCAUGCCACGGCAGGUUUGGAUGCACACAGCGAACUGCUCCUCUUUUUGGAAAGGCAGGACACGCGUACGUCUUUCUUUGCUAUGGAGUUCACAACAUGUUGAAUGUAGUUGCAGAUGCUGUUGGUGUUGGUUCUGCUGUCCUCAUUCGUUCCUGCGAGCCUGUUGAAGGGUUGACAACCAUCCAAUCUCGGCGCGGAAUGAGCUCGGACAAAGCGGUCUUGCUAGCAGGACCAGGGAAAAUCGGAGCAGCACUUGGAUUGACCGUGGAAUGGUCCUUCCAUCCUCUCUACGAGCCGGGAGGAUUGGAGCUCUGGGAUGCUCCCCCCCCUCCAGGUAUUUUGACAGGUCCACGUGUCGGAAUCAAUUAUGCGACGCCGGAGCAUGUAAUGGCCCCCUGGAGGUUUGCCACAGCUGGCACUGCUUGGGACCAGGUGGAGCGCCUUAGUAAACUGGUAGCAUCUACUUUGGCCAACAAAGAGCGCAUGAUGGUGGAGGACUACGUCAAGGACGUGGUCUGCACAUUCUCCUAUGUAGGAGGGAAAGGUAUGCACUACCUUGAGGUUGUCAAACCCCAGUUUGAUUGGGACAAGAAAGUGCUAAAGCAUGAGUUGCCUAAUGGGAGGACCGUUAGACUAGCUAAGUAUAAGGCUAGUAGGUUAAUUGACUCCUACAGGUGCUUGUGCGCAUCAACCUUCUAUAACUAUUAUAAACAGAACCAAGAGGAGGGUAUGUACCUGGUCUUUGUCUCUACAAAAGGGAAGGCCAUCAAAUCACCCCCACAGAUAGAGAGUGUCGUCGCUAAGUACGUUGAUCUGUUCGAGGAGCCCACAAGUGUCGUAGACAGGGAGGUUGUCCAUGCCAUAGAGAUCAUCCCUGGGAGCAAGAUACCCAAAGGGAGAAUCUAUAGGAUGGUUCCGGCUGAGUUGGAUGAGAUCCGUGGGCAACUGAAAGAGCUCACAGAAAAGGGUUGGAUACGGCCUAGCAUCUACCCCUUCGGCUCACCAGUUCUAUUUGCCCCGAAGAAGGGGGGAUCAUUAAGGAUGUGCAUUGAUUAUAGGGGCCUUAAUGCCAUCACCGUUAAGAACACAGAGCCCCUACCGCGCAUCAAUGACCUAUUGGAUAGGGUGCAAGGAUUUUGUGGUGAUGCCUUUCGGCCUUUGCAAUGCUCCUGGCACCUUUCAACACGCUAUGAAAUGGAUAUUCAUGACUACUUGGAUAAGUUUGUCAUCGUGUACCUCGAUGACAUACUUAUUUUUAGUAAGACUGUCGAGGAGCACGUUGCGCACUUGGACAAAGUCCUUAGUCUUCUGCGACAACACAAGUUCAAGAUCAACGGUGAGAAGUGCGAGUUUGGCCGCACCCGUGUCUUGUAUUUGGGUCAUGAGAUUUCCGCGGAGGGAUUAAAGCCCGAUGACGCGAAGGUGGCCAACAUUCAUGACUGGCCGCGUCCUCAGUCUGUGACUGAGAUGAGGUCUUUCUUAGGGAUGACCGGCUACUAUCGCAACUUCGUGAAGAACUAUAGUAUAGUUGUCGCCCCUUUGACUGACCUGACUCGCCUUGACACCCCAUGGGAGUGGACAGACAGAUGCGAGGCUGCUUUCAGACAUUUGAAGCAUGCGUUGACGCAUCAUGAGGUCUUGAAACUUCCUGAUCCUGACAAGCCAUUUAUAGUAACUAUGGAUGCUAGCCAGUUUGGCAUAGGCGCCGUACUUGCACAGCAGGAGGGGAAGAAGUUGAGGCCAAUGGAGUACAUGUCCAAGAAAAUGUCGUCUCAGAAGUUGGCCAAAUCCACCUAUGAGAAGGAACUCUAUGCGGUUUAUAAGGCUCUGACCCAUUGGAGGCACUAUCUCCUUGGGAGGUUCGUCAUCCUCAGGACUCAUCAUCAGACCCUGAUAUGGAUGAGAACUCAGCCAGUGCUCUCUGACGCUCUCAAGCGUUGGAUCGAAGUCAUUGAGCAGUAUGACUUUGACCCGCAGUAUUUGAAAGGGGAGUACAACAAGGUUGCUGAUGCCUUGUCGCGUAGACCUGAUUUCUCAGGUGCGCUGAUUACUGAGUUCGAUCUUACAAACGAUGUUACUUGCUCUUUGGUGGAAGCCUAUCGCGAGGACCGGUUUAUAUCGGAGAUUAUACGCAGACUCGAGGCGAAGGACAAGGUGACUUCUGCCGAGUUUGAGUUGGUCAACGGACUGCUGUUCCUUGAGAAGGAAGGGAAUAAACGUCUGUGUGUACCAGAUAGAGAGUCUUUAAGUAGUUUAUUUUUAGGAGAGUGUCAUGACGCCACCAACCAUUUUGGUUUUAAGAAGACUGCAGCCAAUUUGUUGCAGCGGUUCUGGUGGCCCACGAUGAUCAGAGAUGCUAAGCUGUACGUGGAGACUUGUCAGGUUUGUCAGAGAGACAAGCCCCGUACACAGGCCCCUCUUGGGCUCCUCAAGCCCCUUCUGAUUCCGAAAAGGCCUGGUGAGAGCCUGUCCAUGGACUUCAUGGAUACGCUGAUAACCAGCAAGAGCGGAAUGAGACACAUCUUUGUUAUCGUGGAUAGGUUUAGUAAGUACGCUAGGUUAGUUGCAAUUCUGGAGACAGCGAAGACUGAGCAUGUGAUUAAGCUGUUCAAAGAGAACUGGGUUAGAGAUUUUGGAUUGCCAAAGACUAUAGUUAGUGACCGUGAUGUGCGAUUCACAAGUGAACUGUGGAAAGCCGCAGCUGCAGAACAGGGGAACGCAACUGCAUAUGACAUCAGGAAACCAUCCCGAGGCGAAUGGACAAGCAGAAUAGUUGAACCGCGUUGUACAACACCUGCUGAGGCAUUACAUCAAGCCAAAUCAGGUAGACUGGGAUGAGAAACUUGCUCUCACUGCCAGCCUGUAUAACAACGCGGUCCACAGCGCAACGGGCAUGAGCCCGAAUAGU